AUGCAAAGUGCCUUAGACGCCUCUCAUAAAGAAAAUGAGAGUAUACAAAAUGAUCUAGACUGCUCCUAUGAAGAAAAUGAGCGUAUGCAAAAAUCUAUGAAUCAAAUGAUCCCUCUAGCUAAUAAAUUAAAUGCGCAAAAAGCUUUAUUAGACGAAGGCGCUGAGGCAAAGGAUUCUGAUACUACCCAGUCACUUAAGAUUAGAGUAAAGGAAUUAAAAAAUGAACUGGAGCAAGUUACGCAAGAUUCAUCAUUUAAGGAUGGAUUAAUUUUCUGUCUCAGAUCUAGGGUAAGCAAUCUGGAAGAUGAACUAAAUCAGAUUGCUUCGCAUCAGGCAUCUCACAAUUCAAAAAAAGGUAGUGCAGAAAUAGAUUCAGACUUAUCAUCCAAUGAUUAUAAGCAUGAUGAAGUAGUAGAAAAGGAGGUAAUAGUAAUACUUUAG